AUGGAGAGGGACGUAUCUAGAUCCUGGGUUAUACCUGGGAAGACGAAGGCAUUCAAGGAAAACUUUACGCCGUAUGGUGCCUCCGUGUUCACUGACUCAUGCAAACUCAUUGGCGCUCAACCAUGGGAACUUUCAGCGAGUCGAGGUUACAAUGUUUGGGUGGGUGUUUCUUCACCCACCUCUGCGCUGUUUGUUCUGACUCUUGCCUCGGGAAUUCCAUCUGGGAGGAUCCAUGUUGAGCGUGACAAACACUUCCACCACUUGCAACUUAACCACAACAUGUCGAACCAGCCACAGAACAAGAAAACUUUCUCCUUUUUGCCAAACAGUUUGAAAUCAUUUCAAAGCCGCUUUUCAUCGUCGAGGAAUGCUGCCCAAACUCAAACGGGCCAGAGCGCGCAUGUGUCGCGGUCUGGUACAACUUCUCCAGUCAUGUCCAGGUCGCCUUCACCCGAGGGACACAACACCGAUGUUCAAUCUUCCCCUAGCGCAUCGGUAGCUGUCGUAGGCUCCUCCGGGAGUACAGUCAAGGAAUUUGCAAAAGACGUCUGGAGUGCGGGCUAUGAAGUGGUCAAAAUUCUCAAUCAGUGCUCAGGUCUCUGUCCUCCUUUGAAGACUGCUCUUAGCGGUUUCAUCGAGUGUGUUGAAUUGUACAAUAAGACAGCUGGAAACCACAAAGAGAUGGAACGGAUUUUGAACAAAAUUUUCGAUUUAGGGUCGGAGCUCACAGUCAAGCUACAGGAACGUAGGGACCAGCAGAAGUUGGAUCGGAUUAUAGGGAAGAUGUCGAAAUCGCUUGAAGAAGAGAACAAAAAGAUCAAAGCCAUGCUUAAACAAGGAUUUCCGCGUCAAUUGGUUCGUAAUAGCAAAUAUGCGGGGGAGCUCGUUUCCUGUAGUGUCAAAAUCAAAGCUGCUCUUGAUACAUUUUUUCACCAAGUUUUCCAGUCCCUUCCCCGCUCCCGAGAUGCAGCUUUCACUGCUGCUAUUGACUUUGAUAAUAUUCCGCGAGGGCCAUGCACUAAGGAUACCCGUGUUGAUGUCAUCAAACAGAUCAUGGACUGGGUAAAGGAGACUGACUCUAGAAAGGUGCCAUCUGUUUACUGGCUCACUGGACUGGCUGGCUUGGGCAAAACCACAAUUGCUUACACUAUCUGUGAGGAACUAGAAGAAGCAAGCAUUCCAUUUGUCUCCUUCUUCUGUUCACGUCAACUUGACAGCAAGAAUUCAAAGCUCCUCAUUACAACAAUCUGUCGUGACCUUGCUGAGCAAUUUUCUGGAUUUGCAAAUGCACUUGUACCUGUUCUGAAGGGUAACUCUAGGAUUGUAGACGCGAAUCUGCCACUCCAGAUGGAGAAGCUGCUUGCAGAUCCAUGGAAGGCAUCUCUUGCCCACCAUGACUGCCGUCUGGUGCCUGUAGUAAUAGUUGAUGCUCUUGAUGAAAGUGAUCAUGGAACUCAGUUCUUCCAAGAGCUACUUAAUCCUGUGAACUUGCAUAAGCUCUCAGGGAUCAAAUUUCUUGUGACAAGUCGGCCAGAACCUGCAUUCUCUUCAUUGGGAAAAUCAUUUCCUUUGAAUGCAGUUUGCAAGCUUCAUGAGAUUGAUGACUCCAAUGUUCAAAAAGAUAUUGAGAAAUACUUGUUCUCUGCACUCCCAGAUUUAAAGGAGGAUCCUAAUCUAGAAAAACUGGCAAGCCAGGCAGCGGGAUUCUUCAUCUAUGCUGCAACUGCUGUGAGAUUUAUAUCAUCUCCUUGUCAACGUUGUCAACACUUCUCAGUUACUCAGAAGCACACAGAGUUACAAAAUAUUGUGACCUCAUGGCCAGUAUCGAGUAGGGGGUCUGAACGAAAUGCUGUUGCUGAGCUGUAUCAACAGAUCCUGGGAGAUGCUUUUUCUGAUGACCGUAUCUCUAAUCAAUGCUUGCAGAUCCUCCACAUAAUCCUGUGUGCAGGGAGCAGGAUCAGUAUCUCUGUUAUAGCUUCUUUGAGUGAUACUGAUCAGGAAACUGUUGAAAAUACUGUGAAAUCUCUGCAUGCUGUCCUGUUUGUUUCUCCUAAAGAUCAAUGUGUAUAUUGGUAUCACACUUCAUUCCCUGACUUCAUUUUCACUCAAGAACGAGCAAUGUUCAGCAUCAUCCUGAAGGAAGGCCAAUCAAGUCAAGAGAUCAAUGUGUUCUGUGACAAAGUUGCUCGUCAUUCAAUGCUGGCUUGUCAGUGUUUCAUCAUCAUGAGAAAACUGUGUUUCAAUAUCUGUAACCUGAAGUCAUCAUUUGAGUUUGAUUCUGAUGUGCCAGGACUUGAUCAGGAGAAGCUCAGAAAUCUCCCACCUGUUUUACAAUAUGCAUCACAACAUUGGGCUACACACCUCUCUCAGGCAGCACCUGUGGAUAAUGAUACCAAUGAACUGUUGCAAUUUCUUGAUGACUUCCUGUGCAACAAACUAUUGUUUUGGAUUGAGGCUAUGAAUCUUAUUGAUGCUAAAUUUGAAUGUGCAUCAUUAUUGAAGAAUGCUGAAGAAUGGGUGAAUAAGGGAACACAAAAACUGGACAUGUCAGAAUACUUGUUAGAUGCUGCAAGUUUCUCAGCUUAUUUUGCAAAUAGUCCUGCAUCAAAGUCAACUCCACAUUUAUACAUUUCUGCAUUAUCUACCUGGAAUCAUUGUUCACCAAUCUGCAACUAUUGGAAACAGCAGUUCAGUUGUAUUCCAUCUAUUACACUGUCCACAGCUAAAACAAUUCCAUUACUGACAAUUACUACAACCAAUAAAUGGGUCUCAUGUGUUGCACUGUCUGGGGAUGGAAACCAAAUUGUUUUUGGUUGUGAAGAUCGUUCAGGUGCAUUACAGAUAUGGGAUGCAAAGACAGGCCAACAGCUACGGAAUCUGCAGGGUCACACAGCUGCUGUUACAUCUGUUGCAUUUUCACCUAAUGGCAACCAGAUUGUCUCUGGUUCCUGGGACACCUCAGUGCGAGUAUGGGAUGCAAAGUCAGGCUACCAGUUAAAAAAGCUGAAUCAUCCUGACUGGGUCCUCUCAGCAGUGUUCUCACCUGAUGGACACAAAAUUGUCUCUGGUUCUCGGGAUGAAUUAGUUCGAAUAUGGGAGAUCAAGACAGGCCGCCGGUUGUUGAAGCUGAAAGGUCACACUGAGUGGGUCCGCUCAGUUGCAUUCUCACCUAAUGGUAAUGCUAUUGUCUCUGGUUCUCGAGACUAUUCGGUGCGAGUGUGGAAUGCAGAGACAGGCCACCAGGACAUGAUGUUUCAAGGUCACAUGGGUCAAGUUAAAUCAGUCACAUUCUCUCCUGAUGGCAGGAAAAUUGUUUCUGGUGCUUGGGAUAAUUGCAUAAAAAUAUGGGAUGCAAAGACAGGCCAACAAUUGAAGGACCUGCAAGGUCAUACUGGUCCCAUAAAUUCAGUUGCAUUCUCACCUAAUGGCAAACAAAUUCUUUCUGGUGCUGGGGACAAUUCAGUUUGUGUGUGGGAUGUCAAGACAGGUGACCAGCUGGCAGAGCUACAGGGUCAUGCUGGUCCUGUCCAAUCAGUUGCAUUUUCACACGAUGGAAACUCUAUUGUCUCUGGUUCUUAUGACUGCUCAGUGUGGGUGUGGGAUAUAAAAUUUAGCAGCUCACAGAGAUUGCAAGGUCAUACCAGUCCUGUCCGCUCAGUUAUAUUUUUGUCUGAUGACCAAAUUCUUUCUGGUUUUGAAAAUGGGUUAAUGAAAGUGUGGGAUGCAAACACAGGCAAGGAGCUAAGGAGGCUGCAAGAUACUAAUUUUGGAGUCCUUUCAGUUGCAUUCUCAUCUGUUGGCCAAAAAAUUGUCUCUGGUUUAUUUAACGGAUCAGUUUAUGUGAGGGAUGCAAAAACAGACCAAUUGAGAAAAUUCCAAGGUCACACUGGAAUUGUAACAUCAGUUGCAUUCUCACCUGAUGGCAAUCUCAUUGCUUCUGGUUCUAAAGAUCAAUCAGUGCGAAUAUGGAAGGCAAAUGAAGGGCACCAGCUGAGAAAUAUGCCAGGCAACAAUGGUGGUGUCCUAUCAGUUGCAUUCUCACCUGAUGGCAAUUUUGUUGUCUCUGGCUGUAUAGACACAAGAGUGCAGAUAUGGAAUGUGAACACAGGCCAACUGAGGAAUAUUCAAGGUCAUUCUGAUUCUGUACACACAGUUGCAUUCUCACAUGAUGGCAAGUUUAUUGUGUCUGGUUCUGAAGACAAGUCAGUGCGAGUGUGGGAAGCAGAGACAGGUCAUCUUCUGUGGAGUAUGCAAGGUCAUACUGAUACUGUAAGAUCAGUUGCAUUCUCACCUGAUAGUAAUCUUAUUGUCUCUGGCUCUAAAGACAAGACAGUACGGAUAUGGGAUGCAAAGACAGGUCACCAGCUGAGGAAGCUGCAAGGUCAUUCUGCAGUUGUUUUUGCAGUUGCAUUUUCAUCUGAUGGCAAACAAAUCAUCUCUGGUUCACAGGAUUUCUCAGUGCGGUUGUGGGAUGCAGUGAUUGACCUGCCUGAAUUCUUCACCAAUGAUAAAAAAAUCAUCUCUGGUUUAGACAACCAGCCAAUACAUGUGUUGGCUACUUCAGAGGUUGCAAACUCAUGGGUUAUGGAAGAAGGCUGGAUACUCUCUGGUUCAAAAUUACUAAUUUGGAUUCCACCACCUAUUCGCAACAUUCUGCAUCAUCCACAUAGUCUUCUCAUUAUUUCUCCAUUUGGCUCUGCCAAAAUCUUUUUUGAGGGUAGCAAGCUAGGAUCCUUUUGGCAUGAGUGUUAUACUCCUAAUUUGUAA